UGGUCUGCCACCUGACACAAUUAAAAUCCCGCGGCGGAGACCUUUGGCUAAUGUUGUCUGUGUGAACGGGGCUUUAAGCUUAAAGUUGUAUAUUUCUAAAUUGACAGUGAAUGAACAGGAAUGUAUUUUCAAGUCAGAGACUAUGUCUUUGGCUGUGAGGAAUGUCAACGCAGUCAGUCUGAGAGAUCAGUGUGUUCUGAUGUGGGACUUAUCUCCAGGAUUGUGGAAUCACAUAGUCAUCAAGUCUUAAGUAAGCUCAAUAGCCAACGGGAAGCAGGGCUCUUCUGUGAUAUCACACUGAAAACUGGUGGUGGCCAGUCUUUCGUCGCCCACAAAGCAGUCCUUGCAGCGGUGAGCGAGUACUUCCAGGAGUUAUUUACUGAAAUGGACUCAGCCAUUGAUCCCCAGUCACAUGUUGACCUCACAGGUUUCAGUGAGCAGAGCUUGCUUGCUUUACUUGAGUUCUCAUACACUUCCACCCUCAAUCUGAAUUUGGACAUCUUGACAGAGGUUUGUGCCAUGGCCCGCCAUUUACGCAUGUGGCCUGCCCUUGAGGCUUGCUCUGCUAUCAAAAGGGAGCGAGAGACUUGUCAGUUACAUUCCAGAAUGCACAGUUCUCCUGUGGAACCAAAUAAUGCAAUGCCUGGACCUUUCAGGAGGGACCAAUCCUCAACUUCAGGAGGGAAAGUGGGACUCAAGAGGAGAAGAAAGGAUGAGGAAGGAGAAGGCUCUGGGUCUUCCUGGAACAUUCAAGUACAGCACAGAGAGCACAUUGUUGAUAAGGUCACAGAUGAAUCUGAAACAGAAACCUCAAACCCUCAGUUGCAAUGCCAAGUCCCCUCCAGUUUUCAGGUGGAGGAAAAUGGCUUUCCAUGCAGCCCAAAUCGCAGAAUGAAGCUCAUGGACUUCAAAUCUCCAUCCUGCAAGAAAAAAUCGUCCUCCCGCCCCUCGUCUUCAAUCAUCUCAACAUCUCCUUGCACCUCUACUCGUUCUUCCUCUCCAUCACGCCGUCUGCUUCGUUCCUCACCUGGCGCUGCACUUGCUUUGCGCAGACUCCUACCCAAAAUUGACCUUUCCACCAAGAGAAAGAGGAAGUCCUCUUCCUACCGGUCAUACAAGCCCCAGUGUGAAUUCUCAGUGACUCCGUUCCAAACUCAGGCAAAUUCUUUGACCCGUGUUACCUCAGUAAAGGUAAAGGAUGAGGAUGUGGAGGAGGAGGUAUGUAACACAGUCCCUCAGGAUGAGGUGCACAGCCCACGUGCUCAGGAGAAAUACCGUCUUCUUAGCUUCCUUGGCUUGCAGAGGAAAUCCCUGGUGCCUGGUCCAGAGGAACUGUCCGGCUGGGGGCAGAAAAAACGACUUAGGAAGUUAAAAGUCAGUGAUUAUUCACUCACAGCCCGACGUAAACCUCGUGCACAGGGCGUCCCUUUGAGUUUCGGAACUAGUUUAGGGGUGCUUGCCGCCGUUAAUCCUACUCUGUCCCUCUGUGACAUGAGCAGAAUGGACUUGCUGAACAGACCAGUGAAAGUAGAACCUUGGAACCAAGAAAGUUCCAAAAGGAAAAGACAUGAUCCUUCAGGGCACGCUGGGCAGCCAAUUGCAAGAGCUACUCGUAGUAGGUCAUUGCUGCAGACACAGUCCAGUGCAACAGAUCGACCGCUCAGACGCCACCCCAGAAAUGAAGAUAAAGCACCUUCCCACCCUGCACGAAGAGGUAGAGUACCAGCACACAGUGCCUCUUCCCCUUCAAAAAGCGCUAUGCUCAGGAUAAAACGGGAAUCUUCGGAAAGUGCCAUCCUGCAACCUAUUCAUCGUCGCAAUACUGCCUACAACCCCCAGGGAACUUCUCCUAAAUCAACAGGACGUAGGGGUCGCCCACCAGCAGAUCGCACAGUAAAGGUAGACACAACAAAGUUGCAGCACACAAAGCGGCACAAACCUGGGCACACCCCAAUAGACAAACCUAUGAGCUCAAAACAAAUAGAAAGUAAAACAAGAUGCAACCAUGCUACAGUAAUGCCACAUGCAAAGCACAGCAGAACUGAAAGAGGAACACAGGUGAAGGAGAACAGAAAAAUUAAGGAACACAGCAACAGAAAAGAGAGUCCCGAAGUUCCGUAUGCCAUUGUGAACUGGGAUACUUCCAACCAUCAGCAACUUCACAACCAUCCCCUUUACAAAACUAUAAAGGAAGAACCAGCUGACCCCUUGCCCCUUACCCAGCCAUUUCCAACCAGCGACUCCUCGGACCUGGGCAAGCGUCAGAGCAAACCACCCAUCAAACUGUUGGAUCAAGGCUUCCUUUUCGGCUUCUGUCGGUCACCAAGUGGCAUUAAACGGGAGGAGGAGAGCGUGGACAUCUACCUAACUCAUGGAAAUAGUUCCCAUUGCGACUCAUCACCUGGCAUGGUGAGAAGAGAUCGGGUGAGGGCCAGGAUUAUGCCAGACCGGACGGGUCUAAAUGGGCCUCACUGGGCUGGGCUUGGCAACAGGCACUCACCCUUUUCCCAAAGGACUGCUGUCCGAGUGAAGACGGAGAGGGAUGAAACAGGAAUGUCUCAAGGGUCACAGGUUAACCGAGUUUCUAGACACCCUCAGGUCAGCAAGAGGAGCUGUAAAGUCAAGAAAGAACCUACAAAGACAAAGAAUGUAAAUAAGCUGCUUCCUCUGAGCAGUCAGCGUUCCGUCCUACUGGAAUCCAUCCGACAGGCACGUCUGAAACAACAGAAGGGUCCUCACGUUCAGGCCUCCAGUGGACCACAUGCUUGCCUGCAGUGCAGAGCCUCCUAUAGAGACUGUGAUGCUCUUAUUAUGCACCGGAUCAGGCACAUUGAAGGCAAACACUGGCCCUGCCCGUUGUGCAGCAAAACUUUCUUUAGACAGAGAAAUGUGAGGAAUCACAUAAGGACACAUAAUCCCAAGAUCUACAAAUGCCGCCAGUGCAUCGCUGCUCAGUGAGGUAAAAAGCCACAGGAUUAAAUGAAGAGGAUCAAAGCUUUGUUUUAAAUAUUAACGCUGUACAUACAAAGGAUUUGUGAUGUAUGACAAUGAGGUUCAAUUUAUUUAUGUAAAUAAUGUUAUGAUGGUUUAAAUGGUCUUUUUCCUCACAAUAAUUGUUGUUAUUUAAGUAACUAAACUAAAGUUGCUUUGCAAUUUAUACAGAUGUGUUGAAGCAUAACUUGAACCCACUGUAUAUUACUCAGGGGGCGGAGCCUGAUGGCUUAAGGUGAUAUAUGUAUAAUGAGAAUUGUGUAGAAUGCUUUAAAUUUGUUACUACUAAUGUAAUUACUGCAGUUAUUAUUAUUGUUAUUAUGAUAAUUUUUUUAUAAAUGACAUAAUCUUGAGUGCACUUAAUGUUCGCUUUGUUUUGAAACCUAAGAAAGAUGCGAUGGACUGGGAUGUACUUGAAUGAGUGGAGCCAGUGGACUGCCCUUAAUGUGUGGUUGUCUGGCAGUGUUUUAGAAAACUAUUACAGAAAUUAGUCAGGAAUUUUAAAAUGAAGGUUCGUUAAUGGGGUCUGGGUUAUUC